GAGGUGAGGAGAGGUUAGGGGAGGGGGUGGGCUGCGUGGAAAGACACACAGUGGUUAAGGUAUAAAUGCAGUGAGUGACACGAUUCACGUCCACUCUGGUCGUAGGAAGGUUUGAGUCAGCCACAAAAUGAUCGGCCUGAUUGUUCUCACGCUUCUGGGCACUGCAGCUGCAGCCCCUACAGAUGACAGGAUUGUAGGUGGCUACGAGUGUGCAGCCCACAGCCAACCCUGGCAGGUGUCUAUCAAUAUUGGCUACCACUUCUGCGGCGGCUCCCUCAUCAACGACCGGUGGAUCAUCUCUGCUGCUCACUGCUGGCAAAACCCUUACUCCCUGAUUGCAAUCUUGGGUGACCACCACAUCUGGCAGUACGAGGGCACAGAGCAGUACAUGCCAGUGGACGCCAUCUACUGGCAUGAGAGUUACGACUACAAGACCAUGGACUAUGACAUCAUGCUGAUGAAGUUAGCACACCCCGCCACUGUGAACCAAUACGUCAAGCCUGUUGCCCUGCCCAGAGCCUGCCCCACACCCGGGGACAUGUGCACGGUGUCUGGAUGGGGGAACAUCUACAGUGAUCAAGUGUUCAACCCAUUUCUACUCCAGUGUGUGAACGUUCCUAUUUUGUCCUACAAGGACUGUGGUGGCUCCUACCCUGGCAUGAUCACUGACCGCAUGGUGUGCGCUGGAUACCUGGAGGGAGGCAAGGAUGCUUGUCAGGGUGACUCUGGUGGUCCUCUGGUGUGUAAUGGGGAGCUGCAGGGCAUCGUCUCUUGGGGCCAGGGCUGCGCUUUGCCCAACUAUCCAGGCGUUUACACCAAAGUCUGCUCUCUGAUGCCCUGGAUCGAAGACAUUCUCUACAGAUACAGCUCCAGAGACUUUGCACAUGGUGCCAGCGGGGGCACAGCUGGUGGGCAGAGCCACGGGCUGCACGUACUGGUUGAGGGUGGCGGGCUUGCUCAGCUUGAUCAGCAUGAUGUCAUUGUUGAUGUUGUAGGAGCUGUAGUUGGGGUGGCGGAUGACACGGGAGGAGCUGAUGAACUGCUCGGUUCCCUCAGUGACCCUGAUGUUGUGCUCGCCCAGACGCACCUCCACACGGCUGGAGUGGAAAGAGAGGAUUUUUGGCAGCUGACUAGAUACUUUGCACAUGGUGCCAACGGGGGCACAGCUGGUGGGCAGAGCCACGGGCUGCACGUACCAGUUCAGGGUGGCAGGCUUGCUCAGCUUGAUCAGCAUGAUGUCAUUGCUGUUGUUGUAGGAGUUGUAGAAGGGGUGGCGGAUGACACGGGAGGCACGGAUGAACUGCUCGGUUCCCUCAUUGACCCCGAUGAUGUGCUCGCCCAGACGCACCUCCACACGGCUAAGAACAACAGAAAGCCAGAGACUUUGCACAUGGUGCCAGCAGGGGCACAGCUGGUGGGCAGAGCCACAGGCUGCACGCGAAUGAGUAAAAUAUGUAGAGGGCGCUUACGACAUGUAGCAGUGAGCAGCAGACACAACCCAGUUCUCAUUGACCAGGGAGCCUCCACAGAAGUGGUAGCCAGAGUUCAGAGACACUUGAUGGGGCUGAGAAUGAGGGGUCCAGGUGAAGCCUCUCAUCGACAGGAUCACACAGCAACCAUGAGGUCUCUGGUCUUCGUUCUGCUCAUCGGAGCUGCCUUUGCUACCGAGGACGACAAGAUCGUCGGAGGGUAUGAGUGCAAGCCCUACUCCCAGCCCCAUCAGGUGUCUCUGAACUCUGGCUACCACUUCUGUGGAGGCUCCCUGGUCAGCGAGAACUGGGUUGUGUCUGCUGCUCACUGCUACAAGUCCCGUGUGGAGGUGCGUCUGGGCGAGCACAACAUCAGGGUCACUGAGGGAACCGAGCAGUUCAUCAGCUCCUCCCGUGUCAUCCGCCACCCCAACUACAGCUCCUACAACAUCAACAAUGACAUCAUGCUGAUCAAGCUGAGCAAGCCUGCCACCCUCAACCAGUACGUGCAGCCCGUGGCUCUGCCCACCAGCUGUGCCCCCGCUGGCACCAUGUGCAAAGUCUCUGGCUGGGGCAACACCAUGAGCUCCACUGCUGACAGGAACAAGCUGCAGUGCCUGGACAUCCCCAUCCUGUCCGACAGGGACUGUGAUAACUCCUACCCUGGAAUGAUCACCCAGGCCAUGUUCUGCGCUGGAUACCUGGAGGGAGGCAAGGACUCUUGCCAGGGUGACUCUGGUGGUCCCGUCGUGUGCAAUGGUGAGCUGCAGGGUGUUGUGUCCUGGGGCUACGGAUGUGCCGAGAAGGACCACCCUGGUGUCUACGCCAAGGUCUGCAUCUUCAACAACUGGCUGGAGAGGACCAUGGCCAGCUAUUAAGUCUGAUCCUGCGACCACCAUCUUACUCUGCUGCCUUUCUUCCAUCAUUCUGACUCCAGCAUUGUUGUAGAGUUUUGAAAAAUGUGCAGCCAUUUUCCAUCUGAAUCAAUAAAGUCUUACAUCUUGACUUUCAAA